AUGGUGGUGGGCGUUCCCGGACGGAAGACCACUGGGUCAUCCGGUCCGGCACCCGGAACACUUCGCACCUUUAACAAACACCAAAUGGACUUUGCCAAGAUAUAUUUGGCUAUGCAGAAAGGGCAUAAAGUGUGCAAAAUCAAUGUGUUGAAGAAAUGGGAUCCAGCAUAUAAGCUGUUAACGCUCAACAUGGAAACACGACAGUUGUUUCUAACGAAAUUAGAACAAACUGCUGUUCGACGUCCUCAUACUAACUCAAUUCGUCGUCUUGCACCUCUUCAACACAUUUGUGACAAACAUUGUGCGCCGGGGGAAAUGCGUUCAACUUUCUUCAUAAUCUUUCUCAUCAGCUGCCAAGAACAUUGCUUAUCCAUUCAUCUAAAACCAUUGAUGAGCAGUAAGCCGACGCUGCUCGACCUUCGACAUGUGCGAGAAGUUCAAACGUUGGAUUACAAGCUCUCAGCAAUUCAGAUAGGCGAUAAGUGGAAAAGAGAUAGGGAAAUCCAGAACUUCGACCCGUUGAAGAUUCUUGUGAUUUCAUAUGGAACGCAAUUCACCUUAAAGGAGUGGACAUUAUUAUGUAUAUGCGACCCGAUUGAAUCUUCCGAAGCAUGUCGCUUGUGGAACGAAGGAGUGCACAAUCUCAUGCUUGACACUCGAGAUCGGUUCUCCUCCAGUCAUACCGCUCGCAUCGAACGAUUUAUCGCAAAACACUUCUACAAUCUUGUUACACCCGGAUCUGAAUUUGUUGCGAGGAAGCAUAUGAAGCCAUUUGUUCAGACGUCUUUACAGUACAAAGUAUCUUCAAGACAACUUCAAGAAGUCACAGAGGACCAGAUGAAUCUCCUGCAAUUUUCAAAAGCUACAAGAAAUUUUAUUCAUUCUCAUCCAGUAAGACCAAACGCUAUAUUUUCUGGUAGCCCACGAAUCACAAAUAUUUUCAGCUGUUCAUGUCGAGAUGGUACAACCAUCACAUUCGUCAGCUUUAUGCGAUUUCUUGAAAAUAUGCAAAGGGAUGAAAUGAUUUCAAACAGAGCACGGGUUGUAGAUUUUUUGAGAAGUUGUGACGGAAGAGCCCUCCCUUUCUGUUAUGGAGGCAAGUUUUUGUUUUGCUCAUAUUUGGAAAUCGGUACGCAAGAAAGUGGAUUCCAGUUUUGCGACUUCCUCUUCUCCCGAGAGAACUCUAUUUGGGACUCAAUGAAUGAGAAAGUUAUCCAAGAUAUGACUAGGCCCUUGUCACAUUACUGGAUUGCUAGUAGUCAUAAUACGUACGUAUCUGACUGGCGACCAGCUGCGUUCAGAGUCUUCACUGGACUCAUAUGCACAAGCUCUUCUCAUGGGCUGCCGUUGCAUCGAGUAUUGAUCGGAAAAGGAGUGAAAGGGGUGGAAAUAGUAGGCAUAAAUCAAUGUACACUUCUAACAACAGCACAAUUUGAUGUCCUUCUUGCAGUGGAUUGCUGGGAUGGACAACGUAAACCGAAUUCGCAAGAAUAUCCAGUAAUCCUCUCAAUCGAGGACAAUUGCUCCGUUCCUGCCCAGCGAUUGCUAGCACAAGAAAUCAAAGAAAUUUUGGGCGAUGAUCUACUCACUCAACCGAUCAAUGCGUCCGAAACGGAAUUGCCCUCUCCAGCUGCUCUCAAAAAGAAAAUCAUUCUUAAGCACAAAAAGCUUCCAAUCGAAAGCGAGGAUUUGGCUACUUUUGUGAGCGCAAGUACUGACGAAUUCCAGGACACAGAUAUAUUGGCGAGAGAAUGCAUCAAGAAAGGUGUGUUAUCGCUUAUGGAUAGCGUUAGACAUGAAUGGUCAUCCCACGUCUUUGUGCUCUUCCCAGAUCGUCUUUGUUAUCUUCUGCAAACUUGCGAUGAUACUUCGAUGAAGGACGACACUAUAAGUAUGAUAGGCGAUGACGAUAGAGAAGUAACGCUUCUGCUCCUUAUAAUUGCUGAAUCUGACGAAGGAUUGGCAGGUUUUGGCGUACGCCCCGAAGAGCAACACAUCACUGAAGAGUGGUUUCAUGGGCAUUGCGAACGAGAUGAAGCUAAAGAGCGUAUUUUACAACAUAAAGACAAGGGCAACGGCCUAUUUAUGGUUCGAGACUCAAACCUCUUUAUCGGCGACUACUCUCUCACUAUACUGCAUGAUGGAAAGGUUCAUCAUGUGCGAAUAAAGACCAGAAUCAUUGAUAAAGAAAAGAAGUACUACUUCAUGGACAAUAAGGUCUGCGAUACGUUGUACGAGCUUGUUUCUUACUACACACGACACUAUCUGACCACUCCAACAUUCAAAAUGGUCCUUACAACGCCAUGUCCACAGCCCCAACCACAUUUGGAUCAGCCUUGGUUUUCUGCAACAGCUGAUAAGGAGAAAGCUGAAGCUUUGCUGAGUCAGGUUCCGGAAGAUGGUGCAUUCCUUCUGCGCUACUCGAGUAGUGACAAGAGUGUCUUUGUACUUUCGAUAAGAGUAGAUGGCGAAAUCUGGCACUACCGCUUGAAAAGAGAUGGACGCAUUUUUGUAGUGAAUCAAACGGUAUUUGAAAAUCUCAAUCAGAUUGUCGAAUACUACCGCUCGCGAGAAUUUGUUCGAGGAAUCUCACUUAGGUUUCCGGUAAACGAGAACGAAAUCACAACAAUCCCAGCGCACAUAGAGAUAGCUCGCGGAAGUUAUCAAGAGCUAUCGCAGCUUGAGGAAAAGGUGCGAUAUUUACAUUGGUUUUCUGCAACAGCUGAUAAGGAGAAAGCUGAAGCUUUGCUGAGUCAGGUCCCGGAAGAUGGUGCAUUCCUUCUGCGCUAUUCGAGUAGUGACAAGAGUGUAUUUGUGCUAUCCAUAAGAGUUGAUGGCGAAAUCUGGCACUAUCGUUUGAAACGGGAUGGGCGCAUUUUUGUAGUGAAUCAGACGGUAUUCGAAAAUCUCAACCAGAUUGUCGAAUACUACCGUUCGCGAGAAUUUGUUCGAGGAAUUUCGCUCAGAUUUCCGGUAAACGAGAACGAAAUUACAACAAUCCCAGCACAUAUAGAGAUAGCUCGAGGAAGCUAUCAGGAGCUAUCGCAACUUGAGGAAAAGGUUAUGGCGCGAGCCCUCCGACCUUAUCGAGGCACCGGCGAUGAUGAUCUCUCCUUCCCUGCCAAUGCUAUCAUUACCGUUAUGGCGCGCGCCCUCCGACCUUAUCGAGGCACCGGCGAUGAUGAUCUCUCCUUCCCUGCCAAUGCUAUCAUUACCGUACUUCGGAAAGAAGAAGCAUUGUGGACAGGUUAUACUGAAAAGCAUCUUAAAAAAUCAUCUCAUGAAAAACGGGGUUUGAGUUGACA